AUGAACGUCGAAGGUUCGCAAAACUUUCAGAUAAAAUAUGAUAAAUGCUCCAAAUGUCAUAAUGAAAGAGUUCUUAAAUAUAGUAACGGAGACGUUUGCACUGGUUGUUAUUCUGCACAAUUUCAGUCUGUUAAUAGCGGGAAUUUAGAUAUUGACAAUUUAAUUAAAGCAACACGAAAAAAUAAUAUUCAACAUAGGUUAGAAUGGAUUCCAUUUAAAGAUUUUGCGAAUAUCCAGGACGUUGCAGAGGGUGGAUUUAGUUAUAUAUACACUGCUUUAUGGACAAAAGGGAGAGUGAAAAGCUAUUCUGAAGAAGUAUUUAAUCGGACAGGUCCUAUAAAAAUUGUAUUAAAAAUACUUAAGAAUUCUCAAAAUAUAAACUCUGAAUUUAUAAAGGAGGUAAAUUACGUAAUAUUGCUAAAACCCAACCCAACUCCUCGAAGCGUCAUCUUAUCCGUUUUUAUGGAGUAUCGCAAGAUCCAAUAA